AUGUUUCCCACUUUUCACGGACUUUUGGACCCUUUUGUUCUUCGUGGAACCGCUACAUCUGGACUGACGGCGUGUUUCUGGUUCACGGACGAGGACCUUGAUUCUGCACUUGCCUGGGUUUCUCAGUGGUCAGGCCCCUCCUCUUUGGUAUUAACAACGACUGCGUCGCCUAAGUCCGCACAACAUCAUACACUAUUGCAGCAUUUAUUAUCAGUACACGCUCAAAUGAAUGCUACAGCUCUAUCUGGACUAUCGUUGCAUAUUUUACAUGUCGCAUCCCUAUCCCAAGGAGUUCCCAACGCGUAUCUCAAUCUUGCAAGGCUCAUGUCUCAAACUUCUCAAGUUGUUCUCUUUCCAGAAAGGCCUUCAAGUGACUUACACCACAGCCUUCUUGCUCAUUCGGUGACUGGUGUUUCCGACCGUCCCAUUUAUCUAGGAACCUCAAGUCGCAUGACCUUUCCCUUCAAGCCCUUGUCCCCCGUUAUACUUCCUAGAGAUUACCCAGUAUGGUGUACAGAACGCUUUUAUUUAUUCAAUUCUCGAUCAACUCAUUGGGAGGAGUGUCUGUGGCAGCUAUGGCUCAACAGCUUCGACGAAGCCAGUUUCAUAGCACUUCCAGGAUGGAAAGAUACCACGGUCAAUGCAGUCAACGAUACGUCUGAUCUACCUGGCUUUGUGGUAGGUGUCUGCUGGUCCACCCAUCACAAUGUGUAA